CGCGGAGGCCGGAAAUUACGACACCGAUGAGGCCUCUAGGGCGGGGCCUAGGACGACCUGCUCUGUGGGCCCCGAGUUCUCGUCGGAAACAAAACAGCGGCUUCUAAGACGGAAACGUGGCCUGCGAGCCGGCUUCCUGAGCGCAGAGAGAGAAGGAACCAGCCAACACGUGACAACAGCCUGGAGGUCCUUAGACAGCUCGGCCUGGAGGAGAACACAUGAGAAAAAGAGUCCCAAGAGGCUGCAUUUCCUUGGAAAGGGCGUGUCUGUACAGUUGCUCCAAUGACAGAGAUACCUGCACCCUUGUCCUACUUCCAGAAUGCCCAGAUGUCUGAGGACAGCCACUCCAGCAGCACCGUCCGUAGCCAGAAUGACAUUCAGGAACGGCAACAGCACCAUGACAGGCAGAGACUUGACAACCCUGAGCCCAUAUCUAAUGGUCGACCCCAGAAUCACUCACGGCAGAUGGUGGAACAAGAUGAGGAAGAAGAUGAAGAGCUGACAUUGAAAUAUGGAGCCAAGCAUGUCAUCAUGCUCUUUGUUCCCGUGACCCUCUGCAUGGUGGUAGUCGUGGCAACCAUCAAAUCAGUCAGCUUCUAUACCCGGAAAGAUGGACAGCUAAUCUAUACCCCAUUCACAGAAGACACUGAAACUGUAGGCCAAAGAGCCCUGCACUCGAUUCUGAAUGCUGCCAUCAUGAUCAGUGUCAUCGUUGUCAUGACCAUCCUCCUGGUGGUUCUUUAUAAAUACAGGUGCUACAAGGUCAUCCAUGCCUGGCUUAUUGUUUCAUCUCUGUUGUUGCUGUUCUUUUUUUCAUUCAUUUACUUGGGGGAAGUGUUUAAGACAUACAAUGUUGCUGUGGACUACAUUACCGUGGCACUCCUGAUCUGGAACUUCGGUGUGGUGGGGAUGAUUGCCAUCCACUGGAAAGGCCCACUGCGACUGCAGCAAGCGUACCUCAUCAUGAUCAGUGCCCUGAUGGCCCUGGUCUUCAUCAAGUACCUCCCUGAGUGGACCGCAUGGCUCAUCCUGGCUGUGAUUUCAGUAUAUGAUUUGGUGGCUGUUUUGUGUCCCAAAGGUCCACUUCGUAUGCUGGUUGAAACAGCUCAGGAAAGAAAUGAAACUCUCUUUCCAGCGCUGAUCUAUUCCUCAACAAUGGUGUGGUUGGUGAAUAUGGCUGAAGGAGACCCAGAAGCCCAAAGAAGGGUACCCCAAAACCCCAAGUAUAACACACAAAGAGCAGAAAGGGAGACACAGGACUCUAGUCCUGGGAACGAUGAUGGUGGCUUCAGUGAGGAAUGGGAAGCCCAAAGGGACAGUCACCUGGGGCCUCAUCGCUCCACUCCUGAGUCAAGAGCUGCUGUCCAGGAACUUUCCAGCAGUAUCCUAACCAAUGAAGACCCGGAGGAAAGGGGCGUAAAACUCGGAUUGGGAGAUUUCAUUUUCUACAGUGUUCUGGUUGGUAAAGCCUCAGCAACCGCCAGUGGAGACUGGAACACAACCAUAGCCUGCUUUGUAGCCAUAUUAAUUGGCCUGUGCCUUACGUUACUUCUACUCGCCAUCUUCAAGAAGGCGCUGCCGGCUCUUCCCAUCUCCAUCACCUUUGGGCUGGUUUUCUACUUUGCCACAGAUUAUCUUGUGCAGCCCUUUAUGGACCAGCUUGCAUUCCAUCAAUUUUAUAUCUAACAUAUCUGCAGUUAGAACCCAUGGAUAUUUCUUCUUUGAUUAUUAAAUGCGUGAGGAGGACACAGGUGACUUUCCCAUGUCCUCAUCUAACGAAGUCAAGACUCUAGCUGGACUUUGGCAGCUUCCUUCCAAGUUGCCCUGGGCCCCUGCACUCUUGGACUUUGGAAGGAGGUGUCUACAGAAAACGGUUUCCGACUUUCAUCAUUGCAGUGGACAGAUGUCCCCCAGUGCAGAAACUACCAGAUUUGAGAGACAAGGACAAGAAAACAUGCUGGGUCAAGAAGUUGUGCUCUGCCUGUAACGCUUGGAUUGGAGAUCUUGCCAACACUAGGAACUCUCAAGAGGCUAAAUGAAGUGGCAUGACCCAAACAGCACUUGCACCUUCCACACCGUGCUGGAAAUAAAGCAUGCACUAGCUGAAUCCUGCGCUGUCCAGGGGUUCUCUGAGGAGGUGGCCCUGGGCCCCGCCUCACCCUUAGGCUCGUUUGCUGCCCACUUGCAAGUUUUAAAUAAGGACACCACCCUCAUACAGACCCCGCUCCCGUCACAUCCAUGGCUCUUGACCAUUUUUGUUCUCAAGCACUGACACUGUUACCAUCUGUGGUUGCCAUUUCUUCCCAAGGCCAGUCUGAACGUGUGGGAUUGCUUUAUCCUGAGAGUCAUAACCUCAGGUUCCAAAGUUUAUAAUUUCUAGGAAUGAUGGAACUAUUGCUCAACAGUCCCCUGUGAGCCUUAAGCAAGUUCUGGGUUUCCACAAUCUCCUCGUUUUCAGACAUACUCGCAAGCUUACUUUCGCCCCAGAUGCUUCCUCUCCCUGCCCUUUCCUUAUCCUCACAGCAGUUCUCUUUGACAGCAGAUAAGGCAGCUCUGGGAGGUAGCAAGUGACCCUGGUAAUGCAGGGUCUCAGCCUCAUAGGAUGCAAAUACUGUGUCAACUCAGUGCUGCCGCCUAGCUGUCGGGGGCAAAUAGGAUGUGUGCCCAAAGAAUUAAAGUGAAAAGUGGCUGGUGAA